AUGGCCGCUUUUGCUCAACCUCCUCCCCCAGCAACAAACCUCGGCCGCCACCGCCCCCUCGCCCCUUCCUGCGGUCUCCAUGUGUCACCCCUCCAGCUGGGUGCGAUGAGCAUCGGCGACAAGUGGGCGGAGUUCGGGAUGGGCGCGAUGGACAAAGAGUCGAGCUUCAAGCUCCUGGACGCGUUCUACGAGGCCGGCGGGAACUUCAUUGACACCGCAUCUAACUACCAAGACGAAACGUCUGAGAAAUUCAUCGGGGAGUGGAUGGAGGCUCGCGGGAUCCGCACGCAAAUGGUCGUCGCUACGAAGUACUCGAUGAAUGGAAAGCGCGGCCGGACGGACAUCAAACAGCACACGGCCUGGGCGGGCAACAGCUUUAAGACGAUGCGCGUCACCAUCGACGAGGCGCUUGAGAAGCUACGGACCUCCUACAUCGACAUCCUCUACGUCCACUUUUGGGAUUACACGACCCCGAUCGAGGAGGUCAUGGACGGCCUCCACCAGCUGGUGAUGUCCGGCAAGGUCCUCUACCUCGGGAUCUCCGACACGCCGGCGUGGAUCGUCAGCUCCGCGAACAGGUACGCGCGCAUGGCGCACAAGACGCCCUUCGUCGUCUACCAGGGCGAGUGGAACGUGUUUGAGCGCACGUUUGAGCGGGAUAUCAUCCCGCUCGCGCGGCACGAGGGCAUGGCGCUCGCGCCGUGGAACGUCCUCGCAGGCGGCAAGAUCCGCACGGACGCGGAGGAGCACGCGCGCAUCGACAGCGGCGAGGGUGGGCGCGAGUCGUUUGGGCCGUGGUUGCGGAACGAGCACGAGAAGGCGGUGGCGAAGGUCCUGGAGGAAGUCGCAAAGGAUGUCGGAACCGACUCGAUUCAGGCCGUCGCGAUUGCGUACGUGAUGCAGAAGACCCCCUACGUAUUUCCUGUUAUCGGCGGGCGCAAGGUGAAGCACCUGCACGACAACAUCAAGGCGCUCUCGAUCGCGCUCUCGGACGAGCACAUUAAGAUGAUUGAGACUGCUUCGCCUUUCGACAAGGGGACAAUGUACAAUGUCUUCGGCGAUGGGUCCGACUACGGCUUUUUUCACAAGUAUGCUGGUCAUUUCGAUCGUUGGCCGACUGCCCCGGCCCUCAGCCCGAACGCGCACUAG